AUGGAAAAGGUCGAGGAAAAGCGGAGCCCGCUCGAAAAGUCCAAUGUUUUUUCGCUUCUAACAUUUGGAUACGUCUUGGGUUUGUUGAGGAAGGGUUGGAAACGGGAUUUAGACGAAGAGGAUUUGUACGCUUUACCCAAAAAAUGCAAAUCGAAAUAUUACGGUUACCAGGCGAUACAACAAUGGAAAAAAACGCCGACUCCGUUCAAAUUUUUACUGCACAAAUUGGGCAAGGUUUACCUGAUGUUCUGCUUCGCCCAUCUCACAUGGACCGAGUUUCGAAGUUUCCUUCGGCCAUACGGAAUAAGCCGGCUGAUAACCUACUUCGACAAAAACCAAACGACGAUAACCGAAACUGAAGCCUAUUACUGCGCCAGCAUCGUCAUCUUCACGAAAUUCUUCCAGUUCUUCUUCAUCUCGCACAUGCUCGUGCUGGAGCUCAAAUUCCUGAUUCAACUGAGGGUGUCCCUUCAGACUCUCCUCUACGAUAAGAUCCUGCGCUUCUCCUCCACCUCGCUGGCGAACUCCAAUUCGGGCAAUCUGAUCACCAUCCUGACCAAGGACAUCCAUUGCAUCGAGUCGAAUUUGUGGAUUUUCAAGGAUUUCGCCAUCUUCACCGUGCAAUCUGUUACUAUUUUUUAUUUGAUUUGGUCGAAAGUUGGCUUGGCCGCGUUUUCGGCUGUGGUUGUUUAUUGCAUUGCUCUGCCCGUUCAAGGAUAUUUGUGCACCCGGAUAGCCAAGUUGAAGCUGAAAGUUUGCAAAAACUCUGACGACAGACUUCAAUUGACGCAGGAAGUCCUGUCGGCGAUACGAGUAGUGAAAAUGUACACAUGGGAGAAGUUUUACAUCAGGAAGAUCACGGAUUCAAGGCGCAAAGAAGUGGCAGCCCUGCUGAAAAUGCUCCUGCUCCACUUCGUCCUGGUGGUGAUCGGCCUGUUCGUAUCCGGCGUGACGUUCCUGGUCCUGAUCCUGACCUACAUAUGGCUGGGCAACGACACCAACACCGAGCUCAUCUACUACGUGCUGAGCCUCUUCGGCGAACUCACCAUGGCCAUGGGCAUCAUGAUACCGAUGAACAUGAGCCGCACGGCCGAAUUCGCCGCCUCUCUCAAGCGAAUCGGCCGCGUCCUGGCCGCCGACGAGCUCGCCAAAGUGAAGAACAUCUACAGCGAGGCCGGCAUCGACGUCAGCAACGUGGCGGUUCGAAUCGAAGACAAGACCAUCCUCGAGGAGGUCUCGAUGAAAAUCGCCCGGCCGGGCCUGCACGUCGUCACCGGCUCCGUCGGCACGGGGAAGAGCUCCAUCUUCCACGUUCUAAUCGGCCUCACCAACUACCAAGAAGGGCAUUGUAAGAUCGGCGGGAGCAUUUCCUACGCCGCGCAGGAACCCUGGCUGUUUCCGUCGUCCAUCAAAAACAACAUACUAUUCGGGGAGAAGUUCAACAAGGAGCGAUACGAGCGAGUCCUGAAGGUCUGCGCUUUGGACUACGAUCUCUCCUAUCUGCAAAACGGCGACGAGACUUUGGUGGCCGAAGGGGGGUUGAAUCUGAGCAAAGGCCAGCAGGCCAGGAUCAAUCUGGCGCGGUGCGUGUACAAGCAGAGCGAUAUUUACCUCCUGGACGAUCCGCUGACUGCGCUCGACGGCAGCGUGCAGGACUACAUAUUCAACGAAUGCCUGUUGAAGUUGCUGCGCGGCAAAAUCGUCGUGCUGGUGUCCCAAAACGACAAGCACUUAAAGGAAGCCGAUGAUGUGUUCACGCUGAAAGCUGGUAAAUUGGUGUGCGACGAUCGCUCGAAACUGAAGAGCGAGGAUGGUGACAAAAGGGACGAUUCGAUUGGGAAUAAUGUAGAAAAGAGUGUUUCUAUAGAGAAGGAAAUUCUAGAAAAAGCGGCGUUGGUGGCUAAUGAAAAGCGGUACACGAACGAGAACUUGUUCCGGGAGACCCAACAAACCGGCACAGUCGAACUCGAUGUCUAUAAAUCGUAUAUAAAGUUUGGGGGAGGCUAUUUAUUCCUUGCUGGGAUAUUGUUGCUUAAUGGCACGUCGCAAGGGACUCAUAUACUCAACGAGAAACUGUUCGCAAAGUGGGUGGACGUACAAAAUAUCAACAUAACAUCCGAAAAUGGCUCCUUGAAGAUGACCUACUUGAAUUACUACAGCAUCUCAUUGAUCGGGUCUUCUAUAGUUACUUUCAUCACCUUGUACACGUUAUUGAGAUUCGCCCGGAACGCCUCGUUGGCCGUACACACGGCCAUGAUUUCCAGGAUAAUCACGGCGAUGAUGACGUUUUUCGAUUCCCAUUACUUGGGAAAUGUCGUGAACAGAUUUUCCUACGAUCUGAACAUCGUCGACGAAAAGCUACCCUUGAUUUUCCUUCAUUUAUUCAGGGCGAUAUUCGGUUGUUUGGGAAUAAUCGUGAUAAUAAUAACGGUAAAUUGGAUCUUCGUUUUCCCAUCGGCUAUUUUCUUAACCCUGAUACUGCUCUUGCGGUUCUUCUACAUCAACACAGGACGUAAUUUGAAAAGAAAGGAAGCCAUAACGAGAAGUCCGUUAGUAGCGCAUUUGAAUUGUACCGUGGACGGUUUGUCCACCAUUCGGGCAUUCGACGCCGAAAAACGCAUGGCAGAUGAAUUUUACCGACAUCAAGACCUCUAUUCCUCCGCCAUUUUCACGAUGAGAGUCACCCAGGCCGCUUUCACCUUCUACAUGGGCGCUCUGAGCGCCACCUUCACCACCCUGAUCAUCGCCAAAUACUUGUUCUUCAAAGAAGAAACCACCGCUGGAAACGUAGGUUUAGUGCUCACCAACAUCCUGAGGAUAUCCGAUUUGAUCUCUUGGGGUGUGAACGAAUGGAUCGAACUGGAAACCAACAUGACGUCCGUGGAAAGGUGCCUGGAAUACACCAAGGUGAACCAGGAGCUCCAGACGGGCAACAAAUCCAAAGACUGGCCGAAAGAAGGAGAAAUCGCCUUCAAACAAGUCCAAUUGAAGUACGGAAGCGACGACGUUUCGAUUUUAAAGAACAUCAACUUCGUCGUGGAGCCCAAGCAGCACGUGGGUUUGGUAGGCAGGACCGGAGCGGGUAAAUCCUCCAUUAUCUCCACGCUGUUCAGAUUGUACGAUUUCGAAGGAACCAUCGAAAUCGACGGCGAGGACACCAAAACAAUAUCUCUUGAUUACCUAAGGAAUAACAUCGUGGUGAUACCCCAAGACCCGGUCCUCUUCACCGGCACCCUUCGCGAGAACCUCGACCCCGACCGGCGGCACUCCGACGAGGAGAUCUGGUCGAUACUGAAGAAGCUGCUGAUAGAGGGCAGCGUGAAGAGCCUGGACGCGCCGGUGCCGAGUUUCAGCGCGGGAGAGAAGCAGCUGCUGUGCAUGGGCCGGGCGGCGCUGAGGAAGUGCAAAAUCGUGGUGCUGGACGAGAUCACCGCCAACAUGGACGCGGAAAACGACGAAUUGAUCCACUCGCUGGUCGAGCAGGUGUUCGACGGGUGCACGAUACUGAUGGUAGCGCACAGAUUGAAUUUCAUUUUGGGCUGUGAUAGGGUGAUUGUGAUGGAUAAGGGGGAAAUCGUCGAAUUCGACGAGCCCAAGAGGCUGCUGCAGGACGGGUCGUCGGUUUUUUCGAGAAUUUGUGAUAAAGCUAAGUCUUAG